UCGCUCGAGUGUGUCUCUGCCUGGGUUGGUGUAGUCUGAGGGAUGGGGGGUUAGAGCCUGCACCGUCAACUACCUGUGUGGCCCCCGCAUGGAGGACAGUGGCCAGGGAUGCGUUUUACCUCGAGACACGAACCCUCCUCUGCAUUUUAUCGGGGCAUGCCGACGUUGCGACAUUUUUAUUGACAACAUAAAAGCAGUGGUAGGAGGACAUGAGCUGCAGUGCGUAAUAGGAGGAGGAGGAGUGGAAGUUGGGACGCAGCGGUGCGGUUUUUGAUAGUCGGAAUAAAACAUGAUGACAGUCCUGUUAUUGCCUACCUGGAGCACUGUUUGACCAAAUCUGACAAAGAUGGUGUCUUCCUCCAUCUGUGUCUCCCUGUCAUCUAGGCAUUGCACGUGCCGACUUUUUUUCUGAGACUAUGCCUUUGUGAGAGAAACUCUGGCUCGUCACCCUCGCCGGGAUUCCCCCGCAAUAUUUUCAACAAGAGACGAGGAAAAAAAAAUUCUGCAAAAAUGGACAAAGAAACUAUUGGUACUCAAUAUGAACCUGUGGCCGAGAUUGGAGAAGGAGCUUACGGGAAAGUGUACAAGGCGAGAGAUUUGAAGAACGGGGGACGCUUUGUAGCCCUAAAAAGAGUUCGUGUGCAGACCGAGGAAGAGGGAAUGCCACUCUCCACCAUCCGGGAGGUGGCGGUGCUGAGGCAGCUUGAGGCGUUCGAGCACCCCAAUGUUGUCAGGUUGUUUGAUGUGUGUACAGUAUCUCGGACUGACCGGGAAACCAAACUAACUCUGGUCUUUGAGCACGUGGAUCAGGACUUGACUACCUACCUGGAGAAGGCCCCUGACCCCGGAGUGCCGCCCGAGACCAUCAAGGAUAUGAUGUACCAGCUGCUCCAGGGGUUGGACUUCCUGCAUUCGCACCGCGUUGUUCACCGUGACCUGAAGCCCCAAAACAUCCUGGUCACCAGCGGAGGACAGAUCAAAUUGGCCGACUUUGGUCUAGCCCGCAUCUACAGCUUCCAGAUGGCGCUCACGUCUGUGGUGGUGACGCUCUGGUACAGAGCCCCAGAGGUGCUGCUUCAGUCCAGCUACGCUACACCGGUGGACCUGUGGAGUGUCGGCUGCAUCUUUGCUGAGAUGUUCAGGAGAAGACCGCUGUUUCGAGGAAACUCAGAUGUUGAUCAGCUGGGAAAGAUUUUUGAUGUUGUUGGAGUACCUUCAGCAGAAGACUGGCCCCAGGAAGUGGCCCUACCACAGAGUGCCUUCACACCCCGGCCCCCAAAACCAAUAGAGGACUUGGUUCCAGACAUGGAUGAGCAAGGACGGGCUUUAUUAAUGCAAUUCCUCGCCUUCAACCCCUCCAGAAGAAUAUCGGCCUUCGCUGCUCUGAGUCACCCCUACUUUCAAAGCGUGGACAGCCACAGCAGAAGUGUCUACGCGGCGCAGCCCAUCCCCAGCAACAAGCCCACUAUGGAGGAGAGGACGGCCUGAUGGUCCCCGAUUCACCUUUAGCCAUGUCCGCAGAAAGUAUUCUCAGCGCCCCCUCCUUGGCGUUUCUCAUGUUAUGCUGUUUCUGCAGCGUUAAGUCAAAUAACAUGAAGGAAGAUUUUUGACACAGAUCAACAGAAAAGAUUUCAAUUUCAAAGUGAAGACAAAUCUGUAGAAAAAUAACGUUUAGGGUCAGCUGACAGCCUGUCCCGUGCAGCUUUGAGAUUUUACGUUGCUUAAACAAAAAUGGCAUUAUUCUUCAUUUUCCUGCAUUUAUUUGACUCACUUAUCCUCACAAAUCCCAAACGGCCUGCAUUAAAUAUGUGUCGCCACAGCAUGAUGCUGCAACCACCCUGCUUUGCAUAGCAUUUAAUGUGUGUUGGUGAAAAACACCAGAGCCUUGUUUUGGGUUUUUUUUUUUUUUUUUUUGGCAAAUGCAAGCAGACAUGUCAUGAGAUUUUUCAAUAGUGGCUUUCUUUUUAUUAGUUGACUUUAAUUCUAGCCGGGAGACAUCAGCUGCCCAUCUCAUUUAUUCAUUUCAGCUGUUGGACCCUCCAGAUAAAAGUACAUUUAACUAAUUAAAAAAAAACCUCACAUCUUGAUCAUAACUGGCAACCGUUGUCUACAACAGUGGAUAAAAGUGUGUCAUAACUAAGUGUUAUUGUUUAAGAUACGCCAUCUUUUUCUCUGGUAAUCUGUGUCAAAAAGCUUAAUUCUCGUCUCGUGUUUUAUAUGAAUCGAAAACCGGGAGGGGGCUUUUUAUCGCCAAUGUACAAAGCUCCAUGGAAGUACACGGAAAGAGAGAGCGUCUGAACAGACGACACGGACGCUCUCCCCCCUGACCCAUGCACAAAAGCCCUCUUCCCAUGAACUGAUGGACUAUUAUAAUUGCUGCUUUUAGGUUGUGAAAAGUUUGUAAUUGACUGUGUAACAAUGCAAAGAGACUUGCAUCUCAGAUUGACUGUUAGAGGUGGGCGGAUGGACUCUUUAUGACCAGUGUUUAUCCUUGGAGGAACCCUCUUGAAAGGGGGACCGGACCGUACAGUACAAGAGCCGCGGGUGGACUGCAUGGAUUUCGCCUGCCUUAAUGCUUACUAAGGGUGCGCGUGGUGAGGUGACGGAAGCACAUUCACAAUACGUACACAACAUUUAGCGUGUCCACUGCCUCUGACACGAGCACGCUUAUGUACCUAUGUAAUCACUGAAACCUUAUUAGGCCUCACAAGCCAGCCAACCAGCCAGCCACUCACUGCCAUGUCGUUAUCAUUCCAGUUUUACGUACAAUAUUGCUGCCGCCUUGUGGAUGUCCGGAGUAACUGCAGACCAGUAGCGGGAUUCUAAUGGUUUCUGCACUCUUCAAGGAGCUCAUCGUAACGGGCUGAUAUCGGUGCUGAGACAAUGAUGAAAGAACUCAGAAAUGUUCCUGCCACUUAUUUUUAUUUUUUUUUUUAUUUUAAAUAACUUUUAGUCUACCAUCAUGGGCUUUUAUUAUUCUAAAAUCCAAUUAUUUACUAUCCAUCUGAAACAGUAAUGCACAGGCUUGCAAUCGGUGGGAAAAAAAUCCCGCCAGCACUAUUCAACAUGGAAACAUUUGGCAUAGUAUUGUGUCACCAAUAUUGUGUAUUUAAUUUUAAUUUUAUUGACAAGUCUUAUAUACUUGUUACUUGAUUUUUUAAGAUGCUGUUGCAUACAAUAUUCUUACACCAAUUACACCAACUUUUUUAAUGUCUCUAGAGUUUGUGUAAGAAUAGUUUGACAAUGAAAGGAAUGUAUAAAGGAUAGGCAUUGGUACUGUACAGUAUAUUGCGCUAGCUGUAAAGUGCAAGCUGUAAUGAUAGAAAACUUUGAUACGUGCAUUGUCAGCACAUAGAUAUGUUGUAAAAAUGGAUAGACGUAGAGUAGCGACGAGGGUCAGUGGAAUGUCGUAAAGCAAGUAUUGUGUCCCUUGGGUGAGUUCAGCGGGUGCUUAAUGGAUUGAGAGUGACUACAAAUUCUACAGUAGUUUUGAUAAUUAAAUAAUGCACAAUUAUUUUGUGGAAAGUGUUUUGCUUUUUAAAUGUGCCGUUGUAUUCAAAAUCUUUUUUUUUUUAUCAGCAAGGAAAAAGCAAUUUAUGCAGAGUUGUAUUUUUGUAUGUUGUAGUUCUUGCAGAACAGUAACAUUUUAACACUGGUUUAUGUUUUCUUAACAGGUAGUGCUGUUAGCACACACACACACAUACAGACACAUUCUCUGACUUUCUCAGGUUCUUGUUAUGGACGUCCGAACCAUUCGGGCACAGUUUGCACAUCUCUGGGCUACUAAAUGACCACAUUACAACUCCUUCAGGUUUUCUUUCAAGCUGUCUCACGAUCCUUGAUCAUAGUCUACUGUCAUUCCUAUUUAUCAAAUAUGUAUGUUACUGUAGUUAUUACUGUCUGAAGAUAACUGCCUGUAUAAACUGUUUUUGCCUACAACGUUUCAUUGCUACAUGGCAAACACGAUGAAAAUACACGUGUAAUUGUCGGAUUAACUAAACACUGUGUGGAUUUUCUCUAACUCAAUUCUGGGGAAGUGGUGCAUAGUACAAUGCAAUGAAAGCUACAAAUACAUUAGGCGUAGACGUUUACAACUAAAACAGUGGCUGCUUUAGUCUCAUUACAGUUAAUACAAUCACUGUAUGCUUCUCUUGUACCAGGCGUGUGAUGCAUUUCAAUCUAAUAACUGAACUGAUGUCCACUCUUGAACUUUCAUUGUUUUGAAAGAAACAUAGCUUGAUCCAUCAUAUCACUCAAAAUCGGCAUUAUACUUAUGUAUGAAUGCAUUGGUGUCUUAUUAUUGUCUUGCACCAGCUGAAUAAAAAGCAGCUUUUUAUGGA